GAAGCCGAAGAAUAGGGUUCGCUUGGUUCGUGACCUUGCACCGCCCGCCUGAGCUUUUAGUACAUGUCUGCUGUAGUUGCCAUGACCGCUCUCACAUCGACUGAAAUAACAACUGUUAGGCAAAUGUUAAAACAGCGGUAGUCGAGCUGCUGCAGCGCGGGAUCGAGCCGAGUGAAGGGAAGUUCUGGGGGAUAAAAUAAAAGGUUCUGAAAGGCCCACUGAGGAAAGCGGAGAAGCGUAUUACAUCAAAAUGGCAACCCCCUAUGUGACAGAUGAAUCUGGGAAAUACAUAGCUGCAACUCAGCGACCUGAUGGGACAUGGAGGAAGCCGAGACGGGUGAAGGAUGGUUAUGUCCCCCAGGAGGAGGUUCCCGUGUAUGAAAACAAAUACGUCAAGUUUUUCAAGAGCAAACCCGACCUGCCUCCUGGCAUGAGCCCAUCAGAAGCAGCUCCGCCAAAACAGCAGCAGCAAAAGAUACCCGGCUGUGCGGACAGCGAGACGGCCGGUCUGUCAAAGUCGGCGAAACGCAACAUGAAACGCAAGGAAAAACGAAAACAGCAGCAGCUCCAGGAUCAGGACGGUGAGGCGGAGGUGGAUGCGGUGAGCAGCGCCGUGGAGAACGUGUCCAUCUCAGAGAGAGGCGAAUCUGCCGCCAAGACCCAGGGAACCACGUCAGUUUCGGCACCAGAUGAGUCUUCAGCAGCUGCAGCAGCAGGAGCCGAAAAGGCCAAGAAGAUCAAGAACCUAAAAAAGAAGCUGCGGCAGGUGGAGGAGCUGCAGCAGAAGGUGGACUCGGGGGAAAUAAAGCAGCCGACGAAGGAUCAGCUGGAAAAGCUGGGCCGGGCCGAGACCUUACGGGAAGAGCUGGAGCAGCUGGAGCGCGACUCCUGAACGGGAAAAAAACGGGAGAGUUGGACUCAUCAUGCGAAUAGCAAACCGGAAGGGACCUUUGCAACUUCCAGAAACAGUUUCCCUAUUUGACAUCCAUCGUGGAUGAUGGCAGGAAGCGCAGCUCUGAGGACAGCGUGUCUGUGUGGCAGACACCAUCACACCUGUUUUCUUUAGUUUUAGUUUGUGACCUGUCUGCAAGUACACUUUCUGUCUUUUAAAUUGAUCAUUAUGACUUGUUUUGUGCUUCUACGUUGUUUCCAUUUUUGUAUUUUUAAUCCCGUCUGGAACCACAGGAAAUAAAAACAAAGCUUUGUGAAAGAG